GGCCAGGCUGUCCAGCUCCAGGCGGCAUAUCUCCCGGCCGCACUGAGGGUCCACCUCCAGGACUAGGUCCUGUUUGACGCGCAGGAACACCUCCCUUCUCCUCGCCCUCGUCGCCGGGCCGUCCCCGUUUUCCUCUCGGUCAGGUGGCCCCGAGAGCAAACCUGGGAAUUUGUAGGACCCAGAAGACCUCCCAGCCCCCGGCUUCACCUGUUCGCAUGCACAUUUCUUCCCCCCCUCUUUUUUUUCCACUUGGGAUUGCCUUCCAUCGCCCCGGUGAUAAUGACCAAAAACCUCAAUCCUUUAACAAUGCUGUCGUACGCGGGCUGCAGCUUGCUUGUCCUCUGCGCGUCCCUCGCCGGCGCUUCCCUGGCCGAGAUGGUGUUCCGCUGCCCGGGCUGCACCGCGGAGCGCCAGGCGCUGUGCCCAAAGCUCACCGAGACAUGCGCGGAGAUGGUGCGCGAGCCGGGCUGCGGGUGCUGCCCCGUGUGCGCCCGGCAAGAGGGGGAGAUGUGCGGCGUGUACACCCCGAGGUGCGCCUCCGGACUGCGCUGCUACCCGACGCCCGACUCGGAGCUUCCCCUGGAGCAACUGGUGCAAGGCCAGGGGCAGUGUCGGCGCAAAGUGGACACCGAGACGACCACUUACAGCCAGGAGCACCGGGAGCAAACCAGCGGUGAGGCUGUGGAGCUCCAGCCCGAACAGGGUGUGAGUGAGAUCCCGGCCGUCCGGAAGCCCAGCAAGGAGACCACCUGGCUCGGACCCAAAGAGAGCGCCGUACGCCAGCACCGGCAGGAGAUGAAGACCAAGAUGAAGACCAACAAGGUGGAAGAGGUGAAGCCCACUCGGCCCAAGCAGACUCAGUGUCAGCAGGAGCUCGACCAGGUCCUGGAGAGGAUAUCCAAGAUGCCCUUCAGAGAUAACCGAGGUCCUCUGGAAGACCUGUACGCCCUGCAUAUCCCUAACUGUGACAAGAGGGGGCAGUAUAACCUCAAACAGUGCAAGAUGUCUCUCCAUGGCCAGAGGGGGGAGUGCUGGUGCGUCAACCCUCACACCGGCCGACCCAUCCCAUCGGCCCCAACUGUGAGGGGUGACCCCAACUGCAGCCAGUACCUCAGAGAGUUGGACCUGGAGCUUCCUGAAAUGGCCCAGAUCUAGUGUGGCUUAACAAAAAAAAAAAAAAAAAAAAACCUAUAAAAAAAAAACUGUAAAGUACAUGGGAACAAAGAACAUCUGAGUAAGCUAUAUAUUCUGUUUGUGUGCGUCUGUAGUUCAUUUAAAAAGGAUUAAAUGAUAGAAUCCAGCUUGCUACAGAAGAUGCAACUGCAGAUUAAUUUUAGUCUCGUGGAGCAGUAAAGAUAAGACUCCGUUUUUUUCUCUGCAUAGAUAUUCAGUAGCUUUACUAACUGUGACUUUUCUGUGCUUUGUUGUCAGUGUUUUGUACGGUUGAAAAAUGAAAAGCUUUCGAUAUACGUGGCGUUUUAGGCGUGUUUUCUAGCUUGCCAACGACUGUUGCGCCUCAUGCUAUACUUAAGGCUUCGAGACCUUGCUUAUAAUACACGGCUUUAGACAUGAAACUUAGUACAUGAAACUUAGUACAUGUGGGCAGUAGGGUGCACUAAAUGUUGAGCGGAAAGGCUUGAAUAAACAGCUGAUGCCAUUAAAAUGAUGAUACGUUCA